GACAAAGGCGAUAUUUUGAUUUCCAGCAUAUAAAAGUCCGAGGAAAAGUAACUAUCCAUUUCAGACAAGUGGUUAUAAUUUCAUCCAUCGAUGACGCUUCAUGGGAGCCCCCUACUGGUUGGCCGAGAGAAGGAACAAAAGUUUUUACUUUCUCUUCUGUGUAAAAAAAGUCCCUUAUCCACAUGCUUCGUUGUUACUGGCCCUCCAGGUUGCGGCAAAUCACUUUUGGUUUCCUCAACAUUUAGACUUCUUGAAGAAUCUUAUGGAAUGCUGUGGGUGCUGAUUAGUUGUUUAGAGAGUUUUGUUGGUACUCAAGGCGCAUGCGGAGCUACACCGUCAAGAUAUUUACUUGAAUUAAUUUUGCAAUCAAUUAAAUGCCGUUAUCUACCCACUAGCGAUUUAUCCGUUCGUUGUGAUGACACUUCUAGCUUUGUUGAUAACCUGUGUCAGAUCUUACUGGCUAUCAAAGCUGAAAGGAACGAUGACCAAUUGUGCAUUGCACUGAUUUUUGAACAGGCUGAGAAACUUUGUGAUGGCGAAUCUUUGGUACUCCCGCUAAUUACCGGUCUUGGAGCUAUUGUAAAUGAAAAGCUACGUCGUAUGAAUAAUAACCCAGCACCUGUAUUAUUCACUGUACUCGUAACUAGAUUACCGUGGGAAAAGUUUUAUUUCGGGACAUUUUAUUGUGAACCCUACGUAAUGUCCAUUGGAAGUUAUUCACGUGAACAGUUAACAAAGUUACUUAUUUCUAUGUCACCGGUGGGUGCCUCUGAAUCUCGUUUCAGCCGAUUUGUUGAUUUGCUGUUAACUGUUUGCUUCCCUGUUUGUCGUAAUGCGGGGGAGCUCAUUCAUUUGAUGAAUGUGAAUUGGCGUGCUUUUGACGAACCUGUAAAUCAAGGCCUGGUUGCUCCGAAUGAUGAAUGGAGUCAGUGGAAGCUAGCCCAACCAUAUCUGAAGCGAUCUCUGUCGAGUUUGUAUCUACGUCAUCAUGCAGAUUCCAGUUUGGACUUAGUAUCUCCUAAAAAUGCAAUGCGACAGGAUCUUCUGGAAUUACCCUAUAUGACAAGAUUCUUACUUAUUGCAUCGUUUAUCGCUUCACAUAACCCCCCUUCAUCAGAUAAAAAGCUUUUGACCAAGAAUGCCGGACAGUUGAGUAUUCGCAAGAAGAGACAGGAGAAAGAAGUUUGUAAGACAGAAUUCACUGGACCUCGAGUUUUUCCCUUAGAUCGCUUGAUGGCAAUAUUCUACGCUCUAGUGCAAAAUGAAUUUACGAAAGUGCCAUGUACAAGUAUUUUACUGAGUCAGAUCGCCUGUUUAACAGCUUGCGGACUUUUGUCGCCGAGUUCACAGGCUUUAUCAGUUGGUAAUUCAUUUGCUGUUGGGUUGGGUACUACAGGUAGUUCAAUAAAUGCUGCAUCUGAUCUGGACCCAUUAGGUAAUCCUAAAUACCGUUGUUUGAUAAGUUUGGAAAUCGCUAAAGGCAUAGCACAAUCAGUUGACUUUGAUUUAUUAGCCCAUCUGACUGAUAAUUUCAACUCCUAAGAUAUAUGCUUGUUUGGUUGUUUUCAUGUAUUAAUUCUUUGAACCUUCGUGUUUGUACAUAUUUACAAAUAUUGUCAUUUAUAUCUGAAAAAUUAUUUCAUAUUAUAAAACA